CCAACCUUUCUUGGUGACCGUUGAUAUCCGAAGCCAAAGGAAAGCCACUGAACACCAUCACAAAAACGGGGCUCGACAACACCAGAACCUUCUCCAUGCAUAUUGUUAUUUCAAGCGACAAAACUUAUUGAAGAGACGCAACAUGACAGAGACCAUUCCCCUCAACGUCAAGUGGAACAAGGACAGUUUCAAGGUGGAUUUUGUCCUUGCUGGCGGAGUGAAGGGGCUCAAAAAUGAGCUCGAAGAGAAGACUGGCGUACCAGCCGAUCGGAUGAAGCUCAUGGCAAAGAGCAAAGGUUUGUGGAAGGGUGUGCUCAAAGAUGAAAUGGAUCUAUCGACCAUUGAUUUUGCUGGGGCAAUGACCAAGGCCAACGGCAAAGACCUCCAGGUUUUGUUGAUGGGAUCGGCAGCCAAAUUGACGGGUCCCAAGACCAAGACGGUCUUUUUGGAGGAUUUGCCCCCGGAGGAAGUUGCAAAGGUGCAAGAACCAAGUGGCCUCGUCAACCUUGGAAAUACGUGCUACAUGAAUUCGGUCGUGCAGAGUCUCCGUGGUGUCCCUCAGUUGCGCAAAGGACUCAGGUCCUAUACUCCUUCGACCAAUCAACAACCUGCCACCAUUGGAGGCAAUUCGGCUGUGAAUGGACCCUUCCUCAUGGCUCUUCGUGAGACUUUUAAUUUGUUGGACCGUACAGCCAAUGCAAUCCCUCCAGCCGCUUUGGUGCGAACCACAAAGAUGGCCUUUCCUCAAUUUGCACAAACCGGUCCUCAGGGACAACCCAUGCAGCAAGACGCUGAAGAAUUCUACUCUGGAUUGUUGAAUAUUGCGGCAGCUGAGACUAAAGGAAAGGAAAAAAUUCAGCAGGGGCUCGAUGUCGUCACGGAUGAGGAACUGAAUGGUGCCGACAAUCUAAUAGACGCAGUCUUUGGACUCAAAAUGGAAGAGACGCUCACUUGUGAUGAAUUUGACACGGACAGCAAAAUGGAAGUCGAGGGAGAGGCUGCUUCCGCUGUGGAACCUCCCGUCAAGACAUUUGAUCUUCAAAGAAAGCUUGUAUGUAACAUCCAGGGCGGAUCUGAUGGGGCGUCGCAAGUUAAUGUCGGUCAUGUCGCCGAAGGAAUCGGCUUGUCGCUCAAUGACAAGGUGGAAAAGCGCUCGGAGGUUUUGGGUCGCGAUGCUGUGUGGACGAGUAAGAAGCGCAUUGCCCGUUUGCCCCCCAUUAUUGCUGUGCAGUUCAGUCGCUUCUAUUGGAAGGCAACCCCUGACUCGCAGGAUCAUGCCGGUGUCAAGUGCAAGGUGAUGAAGCCUGUCGCUUUCUCGAGUACCCUCGACAUGCAUGAGUUUUGCACAGAAUCUGUCCAGAAAGUCUUGAAAAUUUCUCGCGACAGGGCUCUGGCCGCAGAAGAAGAGCGAAUCAACAAAAAGCUCAAUGGAUCCAAAGAUGGCAGUGGUGAAGAUGACGCAAAGAUGGAAGAAGCCAAGGACGCCGAGGCAAAAACUGAAGGCGGGGAUGCUGAAGAUGAAGAAUUGCAAAAGGCACUCGCGAUGAGCAUGGAAGAAACCCCACCCCCUGUUGGCCCUGGAUUGCCAGCCAACUUCCAGGGCAUCUAUGAGUUGUUUGCUGUUGUCACCCACAAAGGACGCGAUGCGGAUGGUGGGCACUAUAUGAGUUGGGUCAAAGCUGAUUCACAGGGGGAUGCCAAAGCGAUCGCUGACACGGAUGAACAAAACGAAGAUUGGUUCGUCUUUGACGACGAUGAAGUCAGUCCAUGCAAGACAGAGGACGUUCUAAAACUCAAAGGCGGCGGUGACUGGCACAUGAGCUACCUCAACUUUUAUCGAGCAAAGAAAUAGGCUUUUGAAUACCUAAAAAUGUAGCUUUCAGGAAGUUUCAACGCAGACUAACUUGACAAUUCUGGUUGUUCUCUGCUGAACUCUACGCUUCGCCCUCUUUACUGUCGCCAGUGGCUGGCUACUUUCUUUCAGCGUUAGAGAAAUAGUUAGUUGUGCGAAGGCCCAACCCGCCUUCUUCGUUCAUGACGUAGCCGUGUGGAUGGUCGCAGGUAGUAGGUACUGUACUGGUUAGCAGGAGCUGGCCAAAUGUACGCCGUGUUUGGAACUGCAAAGUUGCAACAUCGUGGCUACGACUGUACCCGUAAUCACUGUGGACUCCCUACGGUACACUUUUGGGAGGCUUUAAACGGCGUUUGUGGAUCGCCUGGUUCUGCAGAAUUGUGUCAUGCCUUUCUCACAGAAUCUUGAAAGAAGGCAUACACUACCAUACUGGCUCCAUUUGCUACAAAAGAUCUCGACGCGCCAGGACCAAAGCCUCUAUAUACACGCCUGAUACCACCCUCAGAGUACAACUCUCUCAAAACUUUCCACGUUGCCCCUCGCAUCUGCUUGUAACGACCUGAUGUAUCAGCUUGGAUGACACUUUUUGCUGUCUCAAACGGAAAGGCAAAGGUCCAAGCUAAUGUGGCACAAAUGCCUCCUUUGACAAAGGGUCCCACAAGAGGUGAAUUGACGACUUCUGGGUAGUAUCGUACGGAGUAAUCAAUCAGAACAAAGAAUGGGCCCAGCAGACCAAUCGUUCUAAUCAGAGUGACAGUGUACCCGUGAUAGAGGUGGCGAAUACUUUGCACUGGAGUGCUGAAGAAAGACCUUGCAGCGAUUUGGGAUUUCGGCUUGUUGUUGUCAUUGCUUGCUCCGGCAUCUUGCAUGACGCCUUGUCCAAUUUGAUACCGUAAUUUGACAAAAUCAAAUGGUGAUUCGAUUGUCGCCCUCGCAAAACUCGAAGCCAAAGCUCCUACCAAGACACAUGGUUUUAGACCACCCGUGAAAGGGAUAUCUUUUGUCAGGAAUUCGACUUUCGAACAAGCUGAAUAGGCACCGCUGUAGGCACUGAAACCUGCUCCUCUAUAAACCAUGGAGCCCACCAGAGGCGGAAUAAAGCCUCGAUAGAAUCCUCGAAUGCCCUGCUGUUGAAAAGUAGAUUUGACGGUUUGCAAGAUAGUGGCAUUCUUAUAGGCGACCUCAGCUUGCAUUUUCGUCUUGAUGGAUAGAUAGAAAGUAAGAAAAGCAUUCAGUUUCUCAUCUCUUCUGGUAGUGCAGAAAACAGGUGGCUUACCUUGAUAGUAUCAAAUGGGUGGCCCACUAUCGGGGAUGUCAAGCCAUAAGCGAGGCCACCCAUGAGACCAAACAAGGCCUCUCGAGAAAAGGAACCAGUGCCAGCCACUGCGCCCUGAAGCAGGGAUGAUUGUCGUGAAGCUGAAGUCGUCUCUGACCCGCUCUGUUGAGGACUUGCCGACAUGUUUCUCCUCUCUCUUCUACAUGUGAUGAGCUUGAACUGAGAGGUCCGAAAAUGAGACGAUGCCGCUUCUUCCUAGCUCUAGUUUCUGGUGCUUUGAUUGUUGCUGUUUCUCAUGGCUUGCAACGUAUCUGUUUCCCUUGGAAGGUCUUUCGUCUUUCUCCUUGUUUUCUUUGGUGAGGUGUUGAGGUGGCAGCAUUGCCGUUGGGGUCUCUAGCUAGUCACGAAUGGACUAAAUCACGUUCACUUGGCUUCUUCAA